UUUGCAGUGGGUGAUCAAUCGCAUUGCGAUUUGCGACGCAAAAGCUAACUUUAAAACUAAGGAUUAACUACAAAUUACUAAAUAGAGUCAUUCAUAUAAGGUCCGAGGAUGGCGAAACUUAUGCUCACAACAGCACUUCUUUCGUUAGUUUUUGUUGUUAUUGUAGCUGGACAUGACGAGAGUCCAUCAUGUGUGUAUUCAGUAAUGGAACAAAUGCUUGAGAAAAUGUUCAAACUACGAACAAGGAUGGACGAAUGGGAGAGGAGGUUUACUGAACUAGAAGAUCAAGUGAAUAAAACUAAGAUAAGAACUCCGAUCGUCGCUUUCAGAGCAUUGCUAACCAAAUCACUUAAGAACGUUAACAAAGGCACGUUGAUUAAAUUUGAUGAUGUGGACUUCAAUUUAGGCAAUGUGUACAACGACGGGGUGUUUACGACGCCAUAUAGCGGUACAUACUUACUCUCCACAACGCUCGGUAACCCAACAGGGCAUCCUGGUGAAUUCAAUUUGAAGAAAAAUGGCGAAAAGGUAGAAUACAAUGUAGCCGGUCAUACGAAUGGGUUUAAUGUUGGUGGGGUAACAACAGUUGCAAAGUUAAAUGCCGGUGACAAAGUUUGGGUAGAAGGGAGUGGCAGUAUCACUGGUCCGUAUGAGAUAUCUGGAUACUACACAAGCUUCUCUGGAUUUCUUGUAAACAGGAUCUAAAUUCAUAAAACAAAGACAGUCACUGUAUGAACAUUAUCAUGUAUACUUUUUUAGACUAACAUUUCAGUUGAAUGAAUACAACUUUGCAUUUUGUAUACUAAUGUUAUUUUAUAUUUUCGUUUUGUUUUUUUUUCCGUUUGUAUGGGUUUAAUUGCUAUGAUUAUAAAAUAUAAAAUUUUAAAAAUUAACCUCUUAAAAUGUGCAAGGUAAUACAAUAAAUUAGCUAAAUCUUCGAAAAGAAGAUUUUUUUCUUUUAAGUUGUCAAUCUUAGUUUUGAAAGAAACAAAGGACAAAAAGUUCUGGAAGCUGUUUUCUCAGUAUUAUCUAUCACGAAUCGGUGCAAGAUCAUGACAUCAAAAAGAAAAUGUUUGACAUUGAACUUUUCAUUUCCGAGGCAUACAAAUGCACUCACAAAGGACAAAGUUACGAAUAUGACAUGUGUAUUCGGACCAUUUAGAUAGCAUUCAUUGAGGGAUUGGAACACAAAUGGUCAUAAUGAUGAAUACUGGUGUGACACAUGUAGUUAAGGUCAAUAUUUGCAAGGUCAAGGUCACUAAAGAUAAUAGUCAAUGUCACUUAAAAUAAUAUAAUAUAGAGAUUGUGUCCAGAGCAUAUCUCUUACACAUAUGUAAGUAAUCUUAUAAAACUUCAUACAAAUGUUCAUCAUUAUAAGAAGCAGUAUCAUGAGCAUGAACAAGGUGGGCAUAGAGGAAUUUCAUAUAACUUACCACAAAUUUUCACUAUUGUAAGACGAAGUGUCGCGGGCGCAAUUUAGGUCCAUGUAUCCAAGGUCAAUGUCACACAUAUGAGUAAAAAAUCAGAUGAAAAUAUGAAAAUGCUUAUUAAACCAUUUAGUUAUCAUUUAUUGGGGGAUUGAAACACAAAUUAUCAUUAUCAUAACUACUGGUGUUUAACAUUAAGUUAGGUUAGUAUAUGCAAGGUCGUCUUUUAAAAAAAAUAUAGAAAUAUAGAAAUUUUGUCCAGAGCAUAUCUCCUCCACGCAUGGUAAUAUACUUAUGGAGUUCAUAGGAAUGUUCACCACUAUGAGAAGCAGUGUUACGUGCAUGAAUCAGAUCUCUAGGUUAAAGGUUAAGGUUACACUUAGAGGUCAUUGAAAAAUUCUUGCUCAUAUCUGAACUUCCACAUAAUCGGUGGAUUUAAAUGUAACUUGACACAAAUGUAUUCCAUUGUGAGGCUUAUUGCGCACCUAAUCUAGGUCCCUGCUACCAAAGUCAAUGCCUCAUGAAGUCAAACAUUGGGUACAGGGACCAUUUAGUCAUCAUUUAUUGAUUGAUUGUAACGCAAAUGACCGCUAGCAUGACUACCAGUGUGACACAUGUAAUUUAGGUUAAUAUUUACAAGAUUACUAAGAAUGAUAAACUAUCCAAAUAUUUUCUGGACAUUGCCCAGAGCAUGUCUCCUAUAUGCAUAUUUAUAAUGCCGACAUCUCUGUCAAAAGCUUCACAUUUGUUUCAGUUUUAGAAUGAAGUAAUUUUGCUUAAUAAAUGUUGAUUGAUCUAAAAUGCAUGUUUUAAAUGUGAAGAAAAUAAAUGUAUAAUAAAUAUUUAAUAUAAAUUUAA